CCCGCGUUCGGUGGCGGGAACCGGGGCCGCGGUGCUGAGGGCGGGGACGGCGAGUGCCGCUCCGUGUGGCGGCUCGGGGUUUCCCAGGCCUGAUGCUCUCGCCCCGGCGGACGGAGCGAGGACUCUGCGACCGGAAGCCCCAGGGACGAGCCGGCCGCGUGCACCCUCCGGAGCCGAGCGGCUGAAGGGCCCAGGCCGUGCCGGGGACAACAGGUUGCAGUAACCAUGCAGGCUUUUCUAAAAGGCACAUCUGUCAGUACUAAACCACCACUGAAGGAUCGAGGAAUAGCUGCCACAGCUGGAAGCAGUGGAGAGAACAAGAAAACCAAACCUGUUCCAUGGGUGGAAAAAUAUCGCCCAAAAUGUGUGGACGAAGUUGCUUUCCAGGAAGAAGUGGUUGCAGUGCUGAAAAAGUCUUUAGAGGGAGCUGAUCUCCCUAAUCUCUUGUUUUAUGGGCCACCUGGAACUGGAAAAACAUCUACUAUUUUGGCAGCGGCUAGGGAACUCUUUGGGCCUGAACUUUUUCGAUUAAGAGUUCUUGAGUUAAAUGCAUCUGAUGAACGUGGAAUACAAGUAGUUAGAGAAAAAGUGAAGAAUUUUGCUCAAUUAACUGUGUCAGGAAGUCGCUCAGAUGGGAAGCCGUGUCCCCCUUUUAAGAUUGUGAUUUUGGAUGAGGCAGAUUCUAUGACCUCAGCUGCUCAGGCAGCUUUGCGGCGUACCAUGGAGAAGGAGUCUAAAACCACCCGUUUCUGUCUCAUCUGCAACUACGUCAGCCGAAUAAUUGAACCUCUGACGUCUAGAUGUUCUAAGUUCCGAUUCAAACCACUGUCCGAUAAAAUUCAACAGCAGCGAUUACUAGACAUUGCCGAUAAAGAACAUGUCAAAGUUAGCAAUGAGGGAAUAGCUUAUCUUGUUAAAGUGUCAGAAGGAGAUUUAAGAAAAGCCAUUACAUUUCUUCAAAGUGCUACUCGAUUAACAGGUGGAAAGGAGAUCACAGAGAAGGUGAUCACAGACAUUGCUGGGGUAAUACCAGCUGGGACUAUUGAUGGAAUAUUUGCUGCAUGUCAGAGUGGCUCUUUUGACAAACUGGAAGCUGUGGUAAAGGACUUAAUAGAUGAGGGUCAUGCAGCAACUCAGCUUGUAAGUCAAUUUCAUGAUGUGGUUGUAGAGAACGAUAAUCUUUCUGAUAAACAGAAAUCCAUCAUCACAGAAAAACUUGCUGAAGCAGAUAAAUGCUUAGCAGAUGGUGCUGAUGAACAUCUACAACUGAUCAGCCUCUGUGCUACAGUGAUGCAGCAAUUAACACAGAAUUGUUAAAAUUUUGUAGGAUACUUGUUUUUUUUUAAAUAAA